AUGGAUCCAUGGAUGGAUAGGCUCCUUUCCAAUACAACUCUCUCCCUGCAACUUAUCAAGAUGUCGCAUAAUAGAUUCAUUCAAUCGUUCACUCAGAUUCCCAAGGAUAUCUUCCGCGUGAAUUCGGGCACUGCCAUCCGUCUUCGAGCUUGGCCAGGUCCCAGGCGACCACACGGCGUGUUCGACCUCCUCACCACUGCAGGGAAAGUACAACCAAAGGCUCUCGACCCAGCUACUUACGAGUUCCCUAAUGGUGCUUCCAUGCGCCCCAACUCAAGGACACAGCAGAAUCUCGUUCGCACUGUCAAACCCCGGGGUGGUUACACUAUUUACGUAUACGCUAUUAUGGCUGGCUGCUUCCUCUAA